AGCUGCCAACGCGGUCGAAAGAAAAAAGUCAGGUCAAAGAAAAACAAAGAAAGAUAUACAACGUAAAUCCACAAUUUCUGGCAGAUAUCAAAUUUUCUAAACAAAUAAAAAAUGGAGGCGACUAAAACGGCUUCGGAGAAGUUGGCUGAUCGUAAGGCCCGACUGCUGGAACUACACAAAAAACGUCAAGAAGCGCGGACAGACAACCACCAGGAAGUGGUGGCGGAGGAUGCUCGCAAGAAGCUUCCCAAGAAUUGGGAGGCCCGAAAGCGCCAGGCGGAAUGGAUCCUAGCAGAUGACAAAGCGCGAUUAGAGGCAAAGGCGGCUGGCAAAGAUUAUGAACGCCUGAAGCUAUUGGAGGUCUCAGCUGUAGAUGCUGAUCGCAUCGAGAAAAAGAAGAAACGCAAAGACAAUCCAGAUUUAGGAUUUUCCACAUAUGAAGCUCAAACAGCAAGGCAAUACAACAGAUUGGUCAAGAGCAUGCCAGCCCGCGAUAUGGAGAAAUACGAAAAACAAAAAGAGGAACUAGGCGAGGCCUUCUAUGGCGGUGCACACACCACUUUGCAUUCGAGGACGAAGGACACUCCAGGUGCUAUUGACAAAAUGGUCAAUGAUCUGGAACAACAAAUCGAACGCCGCAAGAAGUACUCCCGCAGGAGGAUUUACAACGACGAUGCAGAUGUGGACUUCAUCAACGAAAGAAAUUCCAAGUUCAACAAGAAACUGGACAGAUUCUAUAGCGAGCACACGGCCGAGAUUAAACAGAACCUUGAACGAGGAACGGCCAUUUAAGUUACAUUCUUCAAUGUUUCGUAUAUGUAAGAUCUGAAUUCGAAGUGUACCUAAUGACAUUGUUAAUGAAUAAUUUUGUGUAAAUUAAGAGAUUAUGAGAUCUAUCCCACUUUAUUUACUAUCCAUCAUCUAAAUUUAGUUUAUAAAAGUACACUUCACGUAUGUGUAAAUUUUAAAUAAAAAUACUUUUUAUGAAAA